AUGUACGAUUAUGUUGUCGUGGGAGGUGGUACCGCUGGUGUUGCUAUUGCCGUCCGCCUUAGCCAAGGCCUUCCCUCUGCCAGCAUUCUCCUGAUUGAGGCUGGCCCCAUUGUGUGGGAUGAGCUAAAGAUUAAUGUUCCAGGCAUGAAGGGCUCUGCACUGGGUGGCAAGUACGACUGGAAUUUUACUACAGUCGCCCAGUUGAGUGCACACAAUCGGGUCUUCCCAGUAAACCGUGGCAAGGUGCUCGGUGGGUGUUCAGCUCUUAACCUGAUGACCUACAAUCGUGCGGUGGUCAAUGAGUACGAUACGUGGGAGGACCUCGGCAACACAGGGUGGAACUGGCAGAACAUGAUGGCUGCCAUGAAGAAGUCGGAGAACUUCACCGGUACCAACACUGCGACCUAUGGUUCCCCAUCCGGUGUAGGCGACAGUGGUCCCGUCCAUGCUGUGGUCAACCGCUUCGUUCCUGAGCAACAAGAUACCUGGAUCCCCACUAUGAAUUCGCUAGGCAUCGCUCACAACCCGAGCUCGCUUGACGGCGACUCACUAGGUGUGAUGUACCAACCGAGCAGCGUCGACCCCACCCACUACAACCGAUCGUACAGUGCCAAUGCCUAUAUGCCCCUAGCCGGCUCGAAUCUCUACAUUCUCAGCGAGACCACUGUGGCUAAAAUCGACUUUUCUGCAGACAGUGGUAGCCAGCGCGCGACCGGCGUCACCCUGCAAAACGGAACUACCAUCGCAGUUCGCAGGGAAGUCAUCCUAUCGGCCGGUGCCGUCCAGAGUCCGGUCCUGCUUGAGCUCUCGGGUAUUGGCAACGCUACUCUCCUGUCCGCCGCUGGAAUAACGACGAUCAUCGAUCUCCCUAGCGUUGGCGAGAACUUGCAAGACCAUCUGCGCGUCAUGACCUCCUACCAGCUGAAGUCUAACUACUCUUCGCUUGACCUUUUUAAAUACAACGCUACUUAUGCCGCUGAGCAGCUUUCUCUUUGGAAUGACGGCCAGUACUCGCGGUACGACUACACCGGCAGUGCCUUCGCUAUGCAAACCUGGAACCAGACACUCGGUAGUGACGCCACACUUGUGAGCCUGGCAGAGCGGGCUAUUUCAGACGACGCCGGUGUUGUGCAGAAGAAGAAGUUGGAACUUCUGUCCGAUGAUUUAGUUCCCCAAAUCGAGAUCAUCUUCUCCGAUGGAUACACAGGUUUUAAAGGUUACCCUUCUAGCGAUUCGCCACUUUUUGGAAAGAACUUUUUUUCACUCCUUGCCGUCAUUAUGCACCCCCUAAGCCGCGGUAGUAUACACAUCGACCCGAGCGCCCCAUCGGGAAAGCCUAUCAUUAAUCCUAAUUAUCUAUCAAAUGACUAUGAUCUGGAAGCUGUUACCCAGGCUGCCAAAUACAACCGCAAAAUUGCACAGACGGCGCCGAUGAACGAGUUGUGGGAUAUCGAGUACGAGCCCGGCCUGUCUACAGUGACCACAGAUGCAGACUGGAAGGAUUAUGUCCUCAACACUACCCUCAGCAUUUAUCAUCCUUCGGGUACCUGCUCUAUGCUUCCUAAGGCCGAUGGAGGUGUUGUCGACUCUAAUCUGACUGUUUAUGGAACCACCAACUUGCGCGUCGCAGAUGCUAGCAUCAUUCCUCUUCUCAUUUCUGGCCAUCUCCAGACAGCCGUAUAUGGUAUUGCCGAGAUCGCUGCCGAAAAAAUCAUUAGCGCCGCAUGA